AUGGCGUCCAAGAAAGGAGGGAAGAAGGCUAACGGAGAGGAUUUGGAGGCGGCCAUUCUUCGGUGGUUCGAAUGCGAGGGUGAACCAGCAACUGUGCAGUCACUGACCGAUGCACUUGGAAGUAAGUUCGGUAAGCAACUGGUUCAAAAUACGUUGGAGCAAUGUUUAAAGGAACAGAAGCUGUUAGCCAAGGACAUAAAAAAGGCACGGUUCUACUUCCUUGCCAGUCCCGCGCCUGGAAGCAAUGAUGAGGGAAGCGAUGUAGGCUCGCACAAAAUAGAUAUCGUAAAACAGCUACGACAGUUACGAAAUGGGGUCUCCAUGCUUUCUUCUGAGUUGAGCGUUCUCCUGCAGGCCCAGACUUCCUCGAAGAGAGCCACAACGAUCGCCUCUCUUGUCUCCGAGUGUGCAGCACUGAGGUCACGGCUUCAGGCACUACAUGUGAUAGCAGGCAAGGAAAGCAGUUGUGUGUCGGACGAUGUCUCGCUCCUCAUCCACCGUUACAAAAGGGCCAGAGAAUUAUGGAGGGAUCGGAAGCGUAUUACGGUAUGCGUCAUCGAUGCCGUUCUGGGAGAUAGUUGUGGCCCGCAGGAGCUUGAGGAUAUCUUCGGACUGUCCACGGAUGAGCAGAUGAAUCUGUGCCUAUCUGGAACUGCACUCACACUUCCAGCGACGGUGAGUAGUUGA